CUGAUUGGUGCAAUCCCUAAAACGUAGUGCAUGACCAGGUGCAAUUACUAGGUUGCAUUGGAUUGUUGAGAGCUGAUGUGUCCGAGUCCAGGAAGUGAAGUUUUUCAGUAGCUCAAGUAGGAAAAGAGCAGAGGGAACAGCUGCCUCAGAAGGAUGACCACUUUAAUUCGACGUGGUAGACGUGCAGAAGAGGGGCAGGAAAAAAAGGUUGAUGAAGAGGAUUCUUCCAAAGAACAAGAUGAAGAAGGUUCUUCAGAUUGUAAAGAUAUGAGACUCACUCUUAUGGAGGAAGUGCUACUUUUGGGAUUAAAAGACAAAGAGGGAUACACCUCCUUCUGGAAUGACUGCAUCUCAUCUGGCCUUCGUGGAGGGAUAUUGAUUGAGCUGGCGCUCCGAGGGCGUGUUGUUCUGGAACCAGCCACCUUAAGGAAAAAACGCCUUAUAGACCGCAAGGUGCUGUUGAAGUCAGAUGCCCCCACUGGGGAUGUAUUACUGGAUGAGACUCUGAAACAUAUUAAGGCUACUGAUCCUGCUGAGACUGUACAAAGCUGGAUAGAGCUGCUUACUGGUGAAACUUGGAACCCGUUCAAGCUACAAUACCAGCUGCGUAAUGUGAGGGAACGUAUCGCCAAGAGUCUGGUAGAGAAGGGAAUCUUGACCACCGAGAAGCAGAACUUCCUACUUUUUGACAUGACCACCCACCCAGUUACAAAUACUACAGAGAAACAACGAUUGGUAAAGAAGCUACAGGAAAGCUUGCUGGAAAAGUGGGUUAAUGAUCCCCAUCGUAUGGAUAAACGAACUCUGGCCCUGCUGGUUCUGGCACAUUCUUCUGAUGUACUGGAGAAUGCCUUCUCCACUCUAUCAGAUGAAAAAUAUGACAUUGCCAUGAACAGAUCCAAAGACCUUCUGGAUCUGGAGCCUGAUGUAGAAGGGAGCAAGCCAAAAGCCACAGAGAUGAUCUGGGCUGUUCUGUCUGCAUUCAACAAAUCUUAAAAGGCUGGGAUAAAUAGAAAUCCUGGGGACUAGAAUGAAAUCCAAAUCUGAAAAUUAAUUGGUGGUGUGAGUAGAGGAAGGAGAUCAAUAACUGUGCUGUAGAGUAGACUUUCUAACUUACAACCCACCAACCCACAGCCUCUGCUUAAAGACCUUUCAGGAAUAUCCAGUGUGCUGGUAAAGCAAUUUAAAGUGAACUCACUGCUAUAUUUCAGAAAAAUCCAAUAUGUCACCUCUGAUCGUUUUAGCUGAUUAUGGGAAAUAUAGUUAUAGAACCUUCCUUAAAUGAAAUCAAGCAUGCUGCGACCAGAUUUGGGCUGGAUUUUUCAAUGCAGUUCUUAGGAAUGUGACACUUUGUAAAGUACAGUAGUGAACAGUAAAAACAAUGGUUUACACAAAUCAUGAAACUUGCAUUCUCCAAGAACGAUCUGUUGUUUCCACGUAUUAGGAGAUCCUCAAAAUUAAUAUUUAUUGGAAGAAAUGUUCAUUCUGUAUUCUUCUUGAUUGCAGAAUGAAUGUUAUCUUCAUUUUGCACAAUAAAAGAUGUAGCUUAGCUAGCUCAUUUGCUGUUUUUCUUUUCUUUUUUUUUUUUUUUUUGUGAUUUUAGUUGGAAUGUUUGUCCUAUAUUGAAAAUAGUGCAGUAUAUUUUAGUAAAACCUGAAUGCAGUGUAGGACAUAAAUGGCAAUCUGUUUACAAGCAGUUGACCUUCAUCUAGACCAGUGAUUAUUAAUGACCUUUCUUUGUUUUUUUUGGAACUGAAGGAUGUUACGUAUCAGUUUCAUUACCCCAGGCACCGUUUUAUACAAAAACAUUUGCUCUGUUCCCUUAUUAAACCAGGUGGACACCUGUACAUUUUUAUUUUAUUUAUUUUCCCAUAAAUAUUUUUUUUCCGUGGAUUGAAUGAUCAUUCAAAAUAGUUUAGAAAAUGCUAGAUGUGCAGUACAUUUGAUCUCUCACUGUCGUACAUGAAAAUGUUUGAAGCCUAUGUAUGUGUGUACUUUUCCAUACUUCAGUUUGUGUAUACAUAUUGCGUGCAUAUACAUGAUUAGUAACGCCCACACCUGAGAAUUCAGUUGUAUAUACAAAUGCACUCAUGGCCUUCUACGUUGGGGGCUACACUUCUGACCUGACAAGGCAGGACCCAUCUGUAUGGAGCCUGAAAUCAUUUUGAAAGCCAUAUGUAGAACUUGUGCAUGUAAUGAACUGUAGAAAAACUGCAUAUUCAAAUUUACUCAUCCAGUGCUGGAUUGGACCUCCCUCACAAUGCCUUGCUUAUUAACUCUGGAGUGGGACUGGUUUCAUAUUUUGUUUUUAGAUGUUUUGGGGAAAAAAUUAUUGAAUGAAGCCUUCUUUUCAAACCAUUGUAUCACUGUUGAUUAUAUAUAUUUUUUUUUUCUUCUUCAUUGUGUAUUCCUAUUUUACUCUGAUUUAUAAUAUUACAGAAUUAUUGAACACCAACUGUAUAUUUUCUUUUAAUAAACCUUUUAUAGGUCUAAAAAAUAAAAUAAAAAAAUCACUGUAUAGGCUUAUUAAACACGUUUGCAUAACAUACUUUACAAAGUAUAUUGUAGGACCAAAGUGAACUGAAAUCAGAUAUAUUUAAUGUAUUUGAUGCAUCUUUCAAAUAAAAUUCUGUAUAGUAUUUUAAA